UAUAGAUAGAUAUAUGAUGGUACUAUGGGACGUUGUUCGGCCAUAUUUGUUAUUGUGCUGAAGGGAAUUUAUAUAUAUCGUUUGAUUUUAAACUAGAAAGUUUUACAUUCUGUGAUGUAUUUGGCUUCAUUAUAUCCUUUUGAGUUUUUUUAUCUUGUGACAUAAAAUCUUCAAAACAAUUAAGAGUUAUGUUAAUCCAGUGACUGUAGAACCCCCUUGUGGUAGAUUGCUGUGCUGUUCCAGAGCAGUUUAUUGAGAGGAUUCCAUUUAAAAUAUCACUAUCGUGGCGGGGGCUUCAAGUAGCAAUGGCAAAGGGGGCCGACAGGCCGCCCCAGUCGACGUGGGGUCUCCCCUACUCGACUGGGAGGAGGCUGACCAUUUCAGUUUUGAGGAUUCUGAGAGAUUCGAAGAAGAUUCCUUAUGCAGCUGGAGUUCAGAGCCUGAGAGCCUUUGCAAUAACUGGCGAGGUUGGAGACGGCCAAAUCUUCAGAACUCAUUUGGAACCCGAUCGACAAAAAAGAACAUUCAAGAAAAGACAGUUUCAACACUAAGUGAACUUGCAGCAAAAUGCGUAGCAUCUCACAUACCAUUUGAAUUAGUUGAACAUGUCUAUCCACCGGUACCGGAGCAACUUCAACUCCAGAUUGCAUUCUGGAGUUUCCCUGACAGUGAAGAUGACAUCAGGUUGUACUCCUGCCUUGCAAAUGGCUCAUCUGAUGAGUUCCAGAAAGGAGAACAUUUGUUUAGAGACAGAGCAGUCAAAGAUGUCUUACAAAUUGGUUUCCACUUAUCUGCAACAGUAGUUGUCCUUAGUAUGCCUCGGGCGCAGUUCAAUGUGGCUGUAACCUUUGACAGACAAAGAAUAUCAUCCUGCAACUGCACUUGCUCUUCAACAGCUCAUUGGUGUUCACACAUUGUUGCUGUUUGCCUUUAUAGAAUACACCUUCCAACUCAAGUAUGUUUGAGAGCACCAGUGUCGGAGUCAUUGCAGCGGUUACGAAGAGAUCAGCUGCAGAAAUUCGCACAAUAUUUAAUAUCAGAGUUGCCGCGGCAAGUUUUGCCUACAGCUCAACGUAUUUUGGACGAACUUCUGUCGGCGCAACCGAACACAAUAAACACGACAUGCGGUGCACCCGACCCUACCGCCGGGGCUUCGGCUUACGAGUAUACAUCCUGGUUUCUCGACGAGAAAACAUUACAUAACAAUAUCAACAAGAUUUUAGUCAAGUUCUGUGUUCCAACGCCUAUAGUAUUUAGUGAUGUCAACUAUCUAAGUACAAGUGCGCCUCCCGCUGCGGCAGAAUGGUCGUCGUUGCUGAGGCCACUACGAGGCAGGGAGCCGGAAGGCAUGUGGAACUUACUCUCUAUUGUCAGAGAGAUGUUCAAGAGAAACGACAGAAAUGCUAUACCGCUUCUGGAAAUUAUUACUGAAGAAGUUAUGGCUUGUGAACAGAUUAUAGUAUGGUGGUAUACAACUAAAGCGGCUUUAGUAGCGUGGGGCAACAAUGGAGGCGGUGGCAAGCAUGGCGGCGGUGGUGGUAACUCUGCCGCUCAACAUGCUUGCUCCUCACUGUGCGACGAGGUGGUUGUAUUGUGGCGCCUAGCUGCUUUGAACCCAGCAUUAGCACCUCACGAACGUGACACACUACACGAACAAUUUGCGCAGUGGCACAUGAAAGUGCUUGAUAAGGUAAAUAAGGUGGCGAAGAGUCGUAAUACUCAUAUACCAGCAAGUUCGUCGUCACACAGUCGCCAUUCGUCGCGUUCUCACUCGCACUCUCCAUACAUCAACGGUAUAAGUGAGAACGAAGUGUUUCCCGGCUUUCACCCAGCAAUGGAAGCUUGCUUCUUAGAAUGGGACGACUAUCAGAUACCGGGCGUCACUUACACUAAGGAUUUGAAUCCCCUUUACCAUAGCCCUUUCACUAUCUUCAGACAUGCAGACAAACAAAAUGAAAGUGUACAUCAGGUAAAUUCGUCUAAAGCAGUGUUGAAUAACGAGAUGUCACUAAGCUAUAGACUUACGAAUCCUGAUCCCUCUCUGCACGGCCAUCGUACUACUGUUCUUAGAAAUAGUCAUAUUGCAGUUGACUUAGCGAUUCCUGGCCCAUCAAGUCAGCCUUGUGGAUCUGAGGAAGGACCUAGUGAACCACCACGCGACUCUGGACCCAGUGAUGGCAACCAUUCCAGUGUCUCGUCUGAAGGUUUCUGCGAAAAUGAAGAAGAGAUCCUUCAGCAGAGUGGUGGUGAUACAGACUCUCAGGAGUCAAGUUCUCCCCCCAUUUCUUCAGAUGACGCCCAACGCCGCGUUUCCAACGAUGAAUCAGUCUCUGAUGAUGACUGUAAUUUGUACUUCUACGAUACAGCUGCUGCCAGAAGGGCAGUGGCUGAUGAGGGAACUAGCUCGGGGACCGUCGUUUCGAUGGGUGCGAGCAGUUCGUGCGGAAUGGGCUGGGCAUGCGGCUGGGAGGGCUCGUUCGCGCGCGCCGAGGGGCUGCACGCGCACGGGCACGCGCGCGAGGCGUGCGCGCUGGGCGCGCGGCUGGCCCGCGAGCUGCUGGCGCGGCCGCCGGCGCUGGGCGGCGCCAACAUGCUGCCGUCGCUGGACCCCAAGAAGCCGCGGCGCCGCCACACGCCCAGCCCGCGCCUGUGCGCCGCCAGCCACCGCCUGUCGUGCCUGGCCUCGGCCACGCUGGCCAAGUGCGCCUUCCUCUGCACCGUGUUAGCAGAAUUCAGCGAACACCACGAGCUUGCAUUCCGGGUAGGUCUGUUUGCACUUGAGAUGGCUCGACCGCCUGCGAGUACUAAGGCUUUGGAAGUAAAACUAAAUAACCAAGAGACAGAGCUAGUUUCACUAUUGAAGAAACUUCCAACGGGCGCCGAACAAUUGGCUUUAGCUCGAGAGAAAGCAGAACAACUGCGCGACGGUACGCUAAGGAACCGUGGACCAGCUUUGCUACCAAUAGCGUUAGCGAGCUUCCUAUUCGAUGUUCUGGUUUUAUCUGCUACUGAUAAGGAAAAUAAACAUCCUGCAAGGUCGCCAAAUGAUGAGACAUUAGGCUUUGAGGCCGCUGUUGCAGCUUUAGGACUAAAAGCCAAUGUGUCUGAAGCAGACCAUCCUCUGCUAUGUGAGGGAACUAGAAGACAGCGCGGAGAGUUGUCUCUGACGCUCUUGUCUUUCUACAAAGAUGAUCCUGUUAAACUUGCUAGGAUCAUGAACAAAUUGCUGGACCGCGAGAUCCACCAGCUGACGAAGAGUCCGAUGGUGAGCCUGUACUACAUGAACAACCCGCGCCUGGCCGCGUACCGCGCAGACGCGGCGCCGCACCCCGCCUUCGCCCCGCUACCGCCGCACGCGCCCAGCGCUCUGCAACCUCAGGCGGCGUGCCUGAGCGCGGAGCUGGAGCGGCUGGUGGUGUCGGAGGACGGGACGUCGCCCCCCGCGCACUCGUCGCACGCGUCGCAUGCCUCCCAUGCGUCCCAUGCGUCGCACGCGUCCCACGCGUCGCACGCGUCUCAUGCGUCGCACGUGUCGCAUGCGUCCCACGCGUCGCACGUGUCGCAUGCGUCGCAUGCAUCGCACGUGUCGCACGCGUCUCACGCGUCCCACGUGUCGCAUGCGUCGCACGCCUCGCACGCGUCACACGCGUCGCAUGCGUCCCACGCGUCGCACGCAUCGCACGCGUCUCAUACGCCGCAUCCUGUGCCCCACGCUUCUUCCACGCACACGCCUAUCUCCAGGGCCAAGGAUUCCAGAUAUAAAGGCAAGCGCCAAUACCCUUCGGUACCCAACCAGCCAUCGGAAGCAUCCGCGCACUUUAUGUUUGAGUUGGCAAAGUCCGUUCUGUUCAAAGCUGGCGGUUCGUCUAGUACUAGUCUGUUUACGCAACCCUCGUGUGCAAGGGAACAUCAUGGACCUCACAGAGGUUUACAUAUGGCUGCAUUUCAAUUGGGUCUUUACGCCCUUGGUUUACACAACUGUGUAAGUGCGAACUGGCUCAGUCGUACUUAUUCAUCUCACGUUAGUUGGAUUACAGGUCAAGCUAUGGAUAUUGGUGCACCAGCUAUUUUAUUCCUGAUUGACGCAUGGGAAGGACAUUUAACUCCCCCCGAAGCUGCUAGCAUCGCCGAUAAAGCGUCGUCUGGGCGUGACGUGCCUACGGUACGCGCGGCGGCGGAGCUGGCACUGUCAGUACUACCCCACGCGCAUGCACUUAACUACAACGAGAUACAGCGCGCCGUACUGCAGUGCAAGGAACAAAGCGAUUCCAUGCUCGAGCGGGCCUGUCUUACUGUCGAAGCUGCCGCUAAAGGUGGCGGCGUGUAUCCCGAGGUGUUGUACACGGUGGCCCGCUAUUGGCACGAGCUGUACCUCCGGCAAGCUAAUGAGGAGACCGAGCCGUUGCUGGACGAGCCACAGUACCGCGCUCAGCCGCCGCCGUUAGCCGUGCCAGUGCCCUACCCCAUUCCUUACCCAUUCACUUACCAUCCUUACCCGCCCACCAUAUACCAGCUUCCGUACGCAGGCACAGCUCCUCCACACCCACCUCCGCAGUACGCGUUGCCGCCGUACUUUGUCCGUGGUAUAGUAGCGCCGGCGGGCGCGGCCGCCCUCGCGCAGCACCCGCAGCACCAGCAGCACGCACCGCUGCAGCAACACGCGCAGCUCUCGCAGCACGCGCAGCACCCGCAGCACGCGCAGCACGCGCCGCUCCAACAACACGCGCAGCACGCUCCGCUCCAGCAACACCCCCAGCACCAGCCGCUGCAGCAGCACCAGCCUCUACAAGCUCACCAAACCCUGCAGCCGCACCAGCCCCUGCAGCAACAUCAACAGUUACAGCAACACCCGCCGCUGCAGACACUUCCGCAGCCGCUGCAACAACACCCCCAGCCAUUGCAGCAACACCCACAACCUCUACAGCAACAUCCACAACCAAUGCAGCAACAUCCACAACCACUACAGCAGCAUCCGCAACCGAUACCACAUCCACAACCGAUGCAGCAUCCGCAACACCAGCCGAUGCAGCAUCCAGCCCUCGGCCAGCAUCCUCCGAUGCCGCAACAUGUUACUCAUGCCACACCGAUACCACAGACUAUAACAGUCAACGCUACUGUUCAUCAAGUUCAGCACCCUGCGCCGAUCCCGCCGCCGCUGCCAGGUCCGCAGCAGAUGGUGCCAGUGGCGGGGGUGUCAGGCAGCGGCGUGAGCGUGGCCAGCGUGAGCGCCGUGGGCAGCGUGGCCGGCGUGGGUGGCGCGGCGCAAGCCGGCGCGCAGCCCGCCGCGCCCAACGUCAACCAGACGCAGCUGCGCCGACUGCUCGCCGCCUACCGCGUCGGCAUGCUCGCGCUCGAGACGCAAGCCCGCCGCGUACAUGACGAUCGUCCCCAAAACAAGUUUGGCAGGAACCCGCCGUACGGCGAGCACGUGAAGUGGUUGCUGCGUAUCUCGAAGCGGCUGGGCGCGCAGUACCUGCACCAGUUCUGCGUGUGCGCGGUGAACUCGGUGGUGUCCCCGUUCGUGCUGUACGAGCUGUGCGUGGAGUCGGCGCACUGGCUGGCGCGCGGCGGCCCGCACCAUCUCGUCAUGCAGCAUCUGCGCGGCACGCUCGCCCCGCUCGUGCAGAAGUGCCAGCAAAUGUACAUUCAAUGCAUCCAUCAAAAGUUGUACCACCUGACUACAGUGGAAUAUGAAGAGUUCGUGAGCAUCGUAUUGUCGGCCCGCACCGCUUUCCAGCUUACGCCUGAAGGAAACACACAGUUUAAGGAGUGGCUCGCUUCACUGCGCAGGUCCAAAUCGUGCAAGAAAGAUCUAUGGACGCAGCUGAACGCAGCUCUGCAGACAAAUGGCAAAUGACGUCGGCAGCCGAUAGUUUGUAGAGUGCGGUGUACCGCGCGCAAACUGUCACAACACAGGCGAUGGCCGCGUUAUCGGCUUGUAUACCAUCUACAUAAUAAUAUUUAACUAUAUUAUAUAUUGUGUUAUUUGUAAUUUGAGUUGUUGUUUACUACGGAAACGAUUCUAUCAGUACUGAAUGAUUGGUGUAUUGUUAAUGCACUUUACAGGAUUGAGAGGUUAUAAUAUAUUUUAAGCUAGUAACUAGUUAUUGAGACUUGAGAUUUUUCUAAUCGUUGAUCAAAUUAUAAGUGAUGUGAAAAUACUUAUAAUUAAUCUGAAAAAUAGUAAAUCGUAAAUAUAACGGACAUGAAAUCAUAAUGUGUCGUGCGUGGAAACUUAAAUUACAAAUAAUAUAAUUCCGACUUGAGAAGAUAAACCUCUGUUAGUAAUAGUAACACUCGACUUUGAGGGUAAUCGAUCUCAGUGUAAACACAAACGGAAAGUAUCGGUGAUCACACGAAAUGUUGCUAACUCCUAUGUAAUACAUUCAUUUUUGCACAUUCAUUAUAUAUUUCUUUGUAUCGAUCGUUUUAAGAUAUUCACGGAACCGAUUUCGAGUCAGAGAACAAAAUGAACAUUAAUAAUGCUAAAUUCAUUAUUGUUUGAAUUCACGUUACUAACAUGAGAGAAACAUUCAAGCUCAUUUGAAGGUUGUGCUUAAAUAGUCUGAGAUUUGGUUGUUAUCGGAGUUUAUUGUAAGAGGAGUUCAUCUUUGCACUAUUGCUAUUUGGGGAGUUUAGCAACAUUUGACUUGUUUUUCUAAGAUUGUGCAGUGUUACUUCUUAUAAAUGAUGUUAACCACUUCCAUCUUCUAAAUCGCUUAUUUUGUAAGACAUUGCACAAAAUCACCCUGAAUUCCCUUUUGUUUUUCCGUGGAUUUUUAAUAAUCUUGACACACUUAAACUAGUCAGUGGUUUUGAAGAUCCGUAUUUGGUGACCCAAUGGAACUUCUCAACUGUAGCUCAUUUAGUUUUCUUUUUUUCUUUGAAUAGCUUAAUGUAAGACAUAAGUUGGAUUUUAAUGUCUUUUUACGUAUCAGGUUUAAGGACCUUUUGACUGCAUUCGCGUAAAUAAGGUAUUAAAUGAUAAUGAAAUCGUGGAGAAUGUUAAUCAGGAUCGGAACUUACAUCCAUUAUUGGAGUUUUGAGUCGAAAUGUUUCAGUUGUGGUUAGCAUUUUGCUGCUUUUAGUUAAUUCUAAUUGCUAGGUGGGCAUCUGAUGAUAUGAAGAGAAUUAACUAUGUUAGAGAAAUAAUAAUGCGUUGCGAUGCUUAUUUUCAUGCUUAUCCUCUAUCGAAGCCUUUAGUGUUAGAGUUAUUUCCACAGUUAGUUCAAUAUGCAUAUUAUAAGUGUAAAGAAAAACAAAUUAUUGCCGUUGGACUUGGAUCAAAUGGUGUGGACAUUUUUAGGAUUGGAAAUACCUACAAAUUCGGGCUUUAAUUACUUAAUUAAAUCAGUGUCCACUUAGCGGUUUUGUCGUGAAGAUCUCUAUCAUUUUGUAAGCUUUUAGAACAUAGUACGUUACUCAUUUAUUGUAUGCGUUUCAACGUUUUUUUAGUGUAAUGCGAAGUUUUAUUAUAUCUUGGGAGAUUAGGAUCGCGAUGCGCUAAUAUUUACACUUUUUAUUUGUUGUUUUUUUAUCAGGCAUAGUGGUAUUGUUUUCUUAGUUGGGUUAACGUCGAUUACGCAGUGUUACAUUCACUAAUACUGAUUACUACGACUUUUAAAACGACUACAAUGUUAUACUGUACGUUUAUUAAAUCAAGACUUUAAGUGUAGUCGAUUUAUAAGUUAUACUUGUGAAUGUAACUCAAGUAUCGCUACAAAAAUACGGAAUUUCAAAAUUGUAACCAUAGUCCAUAUAACAUGAAUUGGCUUAAGAUGUUUCAAGUGACCUAAAUAGCGUCAUUAGACUACAGAUUAUUAGACAGAAUGUAGACGAUGACCGUCGAUACACUAUUUUUGAUAUUCUCUUGUCGAAAUUUGCAGUUUCAUGAUGUUUAAUGUAAAAACGUCUUGCGAAGAUAUGUAGACGUGCGUUCUAUUAACUAUAGUGACUUUAUUUACACGUUUUUAUUAUAAUACAUAUUAUAUAUAAAAUAUAUGGUAAUGCGUAGUAGCGUUGAGAGCCUCUGAAAUAUAUUUAAAUAAUGUGUAUGAAGCGUGUGCUGGCAACAAAUGAAUACCGCAACAUUAACUCGUCGAAGAUACAAAUAUAUUGUUCAUUCUAAGUCAUAUUUGCUAUAAUAUUGUCGAUUUUAAGACUUUCGCGUUACUUACAUUCGAGCUGGUUAAUAUUUUUGAAUUCAACGCAAUUGGCACGCUGAAAUUUAGUAACUUUGUAUUGUAAGUCAGACGCUAAUAUAAUUGUGUAUAUUAUACUAAAAGUAAAGUGCUAGAAAGUCUCCUAACAUGAAAGCAAUACUGAAAUAUCAUUUUAUAAAUAUUACGAGAUUUAGAUAUAUGUAUGUUUAUUCACAUGAAUAUUAUUGUAAUUGAUGUGGUGGUACAUUAAGUAUAAAUGAAAGUUGUGCAUGUUUAGUAAAACGAUUAACUUGCCGAUAGUUUUGCGUGUUCGUGUCUUUUUGAAUAUCGUAAUGCGCUAGUAUAAAUUGCUCAAACAAGUAAACAGGUGAAUGUUCAGAGAGUAAACCGUAUCAGCGGGUUUUGGUUGUGCUCUUCAGAGGUACGGGAAAUGUUAACUAAAGAGGUUGGAGACGGAAACAUGCUGAACCAUAAACGUACAAGGUUUUCAAGUUUACCUUUUUAAAGUUUGCAAUAUAACCUCGCUGGACCUUUAAUAAUUAAGUAACCCUGUAUAUUGACAGAAUAUUUAAACAAUCUGCUUGUGCAAAUCCAUGCUACUUGCCCCGUGUUGGAUAUGUUUCUGUGUUAUCUCUUUUCUUGCAAACUUCGAAGAGGUAAAGAACUCCUGUGCGUUUUCUAGAUUAAAGGAAAGUCUGACAUUAGAAUAAAAUUUGUUGCCAGCCUAAGCAUCAAGUAGUUUUAGUUCAAUAUCUUUAUAAAAUUAGAUGUUUAUGUGCAUUCAUUAAGUGUGAAUGUUUCAGCAUUCAGUAGAUAGUAAAUUUUAGAAUGCUAGUUAGUUUAAAUUGAAGGACGUUACAAUCAGAUCAAAGCUAAGGUUUACGAUUUAAGUGACUUCAAAGAAUUGUUCAGAAUUUUAAUCAGAAAAAUGGUUGUAUGGUAUUUCCUAAAUAAUAGACUAUUUGAUUGUUCAAUAUUCAUAUUCAGAACUAUCCUCUGCACAAAAGUUUUGCUGUUACCAACUCGUUAAUAAUGCACUUUGAGUUUUCGUUUUUUUGCGUGUUUGUUAGGGAAUAGUAUUUCGUAGCGUUUUUUUCGAUUAGGUUUAUGUUAGGUACGUACAUAGAUUAUAAGGAAUAUACUGUAAAGAUACGAAUGCUUUAACAUAAUUAGAGAAGGAUUCAGAUAAUGAAUUGCAUUAUUAUGUUUUUGGACGAGUAUCUUUCCAGUAUCUCUCUCUAUCGCGUCCAAUUUUAUCUACUCAAUUCACAUUAUUUUUAAAUUUUAUUUAUUUAUACUACCUCGUAAAUCAGACUUAAAAAAAUAAAAAGAGUUUAUCCUACGUCAUUAGGUUAAAAACUUGUAUGUGGACUUUACCGGAGAUUUCAGUAUCAAUGUUUUAUUUCUUUCUACUUCUUACUAUUUCGUACUUUCUUUGUAUAUUAUGUAUUUCUUUUCCACGACAAAAACAUAAAAAAAUAUAAUUUGUUAAUAUCGUGACUCAUUUUAAUUUUCACGUCACGAAAUACUAUUAUUUCAAUACAUUCACAGGAUAAAUGAAGUAGGUAACUUUUGGAAAGACAUUAGUGGUCAUAGAUAUUUGCCGUCCAUAAAUUUAUUUGCAGAACUAUACUCUUUUUUCAAGUCAUCUUCCAGUUGAGAUAUAUUACAUUUCAAUAGCAAUGCGCUCGUCGGGCAUUAUUAACAUUUUCUGGUAUAGUUUAGUUUAUAUUUUUUUUCGCGAUGGUCUUUAACAGGCGCUUCGACAUUAUUGUCUCAAAAAAACUAUUUUUACACGAUAAAGCGUAUUUAAAUGGACAAAAAAAAAAGAUUAAAUAUAUCGUUAGUUUCGUAAAUAUAGAAUGUUAGUACGGAGCAUAUUUUAAUUAGUCGUUUAAUGCAUGUUCAUAGAUUUAAUUCGCCCAGAGUCAGGCAAGUGCGAAGUGUUCCAUAGGUGUUGCGGUAUCCCAUUGAUUUGCAGUUAUCAGUAUCACAUAUCAGAUCGACGUCUCGUCGGGAGAUUAUUCAAACAAGCAUAAUUUAAUGACAAUCACAAUUAAUUAAAUUAUUAUAUUUCUAGCGUUGAAUGUUGAAUUUAAUUACUAAGUCAGUGGCAUAAUUAAGUGUGGAUUAGACAUACAACACGGAAAUAGAAAGGAAUCGCUUUCACGCGAUAAUUAUAUUAUUAAACUAUGUAUCAGACUACGAAGAAGUAAACCCGAGUGCACGUGUUUAUUACUCAUCAUUAUUUUCAUACAAUCCGUAUGUCUUAUCCACAAUGAUUGGUCUACAUUAUUAGAGUGGUAGGGCACAGCUAUUGAACAUAUUUGAUAGUUCAGGAUCGUGGGCAAUGGGUUUUAGCUGCAACAGUUGUACUGAGUUUUGUUCUUUAAUACUCAUGGCAAUGUAUGCACGUCGAACUACGUCACAUCACAAGUCAGUUUAGAGUUAUUGAGGAUAUCAGUCUAGCAAGUUUGUUUAGUUCUACAUUGAAGAUGCAUAAUUAUUUUAUACAUCUGGAUUUGUAGUUUAAUUAUAUUGCACUUUGUAAGUGUGGUGUCUCCGCCUAUUAAAGUAUUUAACCAUUUACAGAGUUCGAAUGGCUACUUAUUAGUGUACGUAAUAAAUUUAUAUAAUGAUGAUAUUUUAUUGUGCAUAAAGUAUAUUUGAAAGUGUAGUUGCAAAACAAAGAUGUCCAAUUUGCCAUUAUCGUGUUGAAAGUACUUACUCAAAUAAUUUCUGCUUAUAUUCGUUGUUGCGCCUGUAAUUUGCAGUAGCAAGCAUUAAGUGCAUAAUAAGAAUAUAAUAACGUAUUACGAAGCAAUUUGGUAAUGACAUUUAUUGUUUUGUGUACACUUUUCAAGCAAUAUACUAUAAAGCAACAGUAUAGAGCGUUCGGCUCCUCAAGAUAUCCCUGUUAAAUAUUGUUCAACUCAUAUACAUUAUAGCAUUCUUUGCAUAAACCUCAACCGUACUGUUUAUUUUUUUGUGCCACGAUCGUUUCAAAAACUGUCCGCCAUGUUUACCUGCAGGACGAAAGACUGACAAGGACAUUGAAAUAGUCGAAAGUGGAGACUUUAAGAUAAACCAGGGUGUCUAGAAAUGAUGAUACUGUUAUAGCGUACGUUUUAUCAGGUUAAUAUUUUCCUUAGACAUUUUUUUGUGAGCGAAUUGUUUUCAGACAUCCUGUAUAAUUAUAGAAAGUGCCCAUACAUAUAGUAUUUAUUAAAUAUAGCACUAGACAUUUUGCUCCGUUGUCGCAAAUGGUUGUAAUUAUAAAGAUAUAGUUAAUAUUAAUUAGUAAAAUGAUAGACUGUUUUGCACGACUUCUGGUUUGACCGUGUCAACUCUCCUUCCUCACGUUGUCUCUUGACAUGCAAACAACUAUCUGAACACUUUGUGAUGACAAGUUCUUUUCUGAAGUUUGCCGGUUGCAUGUCAACCUACAACGUUUUCAAUUUUCGGUACAUUGAACCUACUUGCAUCCCACAUAAAAAUGUGUUUCUACUCAAUCUCGAAAUAUUUUGACCUCUUAACGUUUUAUUAUUACUUUUACGAUUACACUAAGUCUUUUUUGGCAACAUAUUUGAAGUAAUAUUAUUUAAUUAUUCAAUAUACUUAUCUAUAUUAAGA